AUGAAAUUCUUUGCUGCUUCUACUAUUCUUAUGGCUCUUGCUGUUUCAACCAACGCUUUCAUCUUUGGAGGACUCGGAGGAGGCGGUGGUGCAGGUGGAUGUGGAUGUGCUCCACCACCACCUCCAGCAUGCCCACCACCAGCUCCAGUCUGUCAACCACCUCCACCACCACCAGCCUGUCCUCCACCAGCCUGUCCACCUCCAGCUCCAUCCUGUGGAUCACCAUGUGGAAAAUAA